CCGCAGGCUGAACCAAACCGGCCGUCUUGACUCGGUCCAGAAAAAGUAAGAGUACCUGGAUAACGUCCCCCAAAUUCUAUCCUACUCGCUCUCUUCAGUCCCCCUCGUUCCUGCAAUUUUCCUUCCGCUGUCAACAAGAAGAAGAAGAGCGAAAUGUCCAUCUCCGCCAUAUUCGGGACUCGAGUCCCUGUUGCGCCCUCACCUCCCGCCGGCUCCGCCUCUUCCAAGGCGGCCCCAAGAUUCGCCGGCGGUGAGAGCAUCAGCGGUGCAGGGAUGGUUUCGAUUAUAGAGUGCUCGUCGAGGCCGCAAAAGAAGGCGACCGCGCACCACAUGAAGACGAGGCCCCGCAAGACUCAGGCUUGGGACAUUCGGCGCAAGCCCACCGUCUACGCGCCUCUCCCUCCUCUCCCUCCUGACUGGACUCUCGCCUCUAGUGGCGGCAGCGAUGACGCAGACGCCGCUUCUGCUGAAAUAAUUUCACGUAGUGAGCUGCCUCCUCAAGCAUUGUGCUGAUGUCAACCUGCCACAAAAUCCCAUAAGUAUUGUGUGGUUUGCAUAAAUUCUUUCAACAUCCUGAAAGUACACAGAAGCUACUGAACACUUCAUCAGAGAUGCUACCUACCUUGGUUCCAUUGGGAGCAAGGUUUUGUAGAAUUCUCAAUCGUUUGUUAAUCCUCGCUCUACGUUUCUAUGAAAUCGGAGGGCAAAGUUUAGAGAAGAAUCAUAUGAAUGCAAUGAGAAAAUGAGCAUGGGAAACAUUUUUCCAGGAAGACGAACUGAUUACCCUUGCAUAGAGGCUUUGAGGAUCGGUCGCUGAACCCCUAGUAGCUUUAAUCUUCCCUACGUUUCCAUUUUCAGCAAGUGUUGUCAAUGCCUUGAAUGUUGGUGUUAGUUCUCCAUUGAGCUCUUCAGAAUCACUAUCCUCUGAACUGCUAG